AUGACAAACCCCGACAGAAACUACCUUCUUGGGGCCACAGAAGCAUUCUCCGAAUUCGCCACAAAUAUCACAUAUGAAUCCAUUCCCAUACAGUUUAUCCAAAGCCUCAAAUUAUUCCUCCUUGAUUAUAUCGGCGUCGCCGCCUACGGAGCAGCUAGCGCAGAAUCAUCCGCCCCCUUUUCCCACGCCAUUGAAGUAUUAAAUGGACACCAGUAUGGUUCUUCCACAGUCAUCACCAAAGGAAGCCAAUACCAGCCACAUUACGCAGCUCUUCUCAACGGCGCUUUUGCACAUUCCCUCGACUUUGACGACACGUAUGCAGCAGGAGCGCUUCAUCCAGGCGUAUCUACCAUCUCUGCUGCGCUUACGGAAGGGAGCGCUAUCUCCGGAAAGCACUUCCUAUCCGCUAUUGCAGUUGGCUAUGAAAUCACGUGUCGAAUCGGUCGAGCUCUGGGACCAGGCAGUUAUGCUCGGGGGUUUCAUAACACCAGCGUGGCAGGCAUUUUCGGCGCAGUCGCAGCAGUAGGUCACCUCCGUGGCCUGGAGGCAGCCAUCAUCACAAGUGCCUUUGGAAUAGCGGGCUCUAAAGCAGCGGGAUCGAUGCAGUUUUUUGAGAACGGAUCCUGGAAUAAACGCCUACACCCUGGCUUUGCUGCUCAUGAUGCACUGAUGGCGUUGGCUUUUGGCAUGUCGGGAGUCCAUGCCUCAGUAGAGCCGAUCGAGGGCCGUAAUGGAGUGCUGCAUAGUUACAGUGAGAGCGCAGUCGUGGGAAGCCUGGCGACAGAUUUGGGAAGUGAGUGGGUUGCGCAGGCCACAGCUAUUAAACCGUAUCCUGGAUGUCGAGCUACUCAUGGAACAAUCGAUCUUGCGCUUCAGAUGAGGAACGAAAACGACAAGGCUCGUCGAGGAGUCCAGAAAAUCACACUUGCUAUGGCUCCGACUGCUUUUCAGUUGGUUGGCAGACCGGAUGCCAACAAAAUACAUCCGAAGAACAUUGUUGACGCACAGUUCAGUGCAUAUUACCAGCUGGCGGUCAAUUGGUUAGAUGGCGCUACUGGCUGGGCCAUCUAUGAUCGGUUACAUGAUAGGGACGUCUACGAUCUUUCUGGACGGAUUUCCAUCCAGACUGACCCAUCUAUGAAAACACUUGCUACAAGAUGCUGUGUGGUGUGGGCAGAUGGGACCGCGACCACUAACGAGAUUGUCGACCCGAUUGGUGAACCGUCGAAUCCAAUGACGAUAGAGAAAGUAGAAGAGAAAUUUCUAUCGUUAGCAGUUCCUGUUUAUGGAGAUGGGAAAGCAAAAAGAAUUCAAGAUUUGGUGCUACGCAUUGAAGAGCAGGCUGAUCUUGGAGAACUUUUGGAGUUGAUCAGGGGUAACGAGGUGUAA